UCCACAAACGGCAAAUUUUAAUUAUUAUGGUUUUUGUUGAAAUUUUAAUUGAAUUUGCUGAAAAAAUUAUCUCAAACUAUGCUCAAAUGAUGCACAAUCAAUUCACAAAACACAUCUGCAUAAUAAAGUUUACUAAAAACCAUCAAUAACACAAUUUCGAAGGAAUAUUCAAAACAAAAGCGCGCGCCAAGUUUCACAGACACGAAGAAUAAAAUAACAUUGCCCAAAAUAUCCACGGGAAACCUCUUGCAGAGGCGUCAAUCAUGUCUGAAAAACGUAAGUUUGAGGAAUAUCAUGACCCAGACUAUCCCCAAAACAACACCGGCAAGAGAAUACGCACCACCUCCUUGCAAUCGUCCGAGGAGAGAAACGCCCGGAUUAAGGAAAUCAUCAAUAGGGAGUUUAACCGGGAAAUCCAAUUUAGGGAAGAGCAACUCGAUGAAAUCGAUAUGAAGAUCUCCAAAGCCAAGGACAUUCUCCACCAAAUUCGGUACACCGUUGUCUCGGAUUAUUACAACAAGCAAAAUUUACAAUACACCGAGGCUGAGGCAGGAGCCCUACGAGGUGCAUCAUUAUUCGAUAACGAACCCGAUGGCCCACAAGUACCACUCCAUCCGGCGGUUAAGAAGAUCGUUGGCAAAAAACCCAAGACCUACGAUGAACUACUUCGCUCCCGACCGACUGUUCGUGAGGCGGCCAAAACCGCGAAAACAUCAAUUAAGGAAAAAUCCCGCACAAAGAAAGAGGAAAAACGCAUCCAACGAAUGAUCAAGCAACGUGGAAUCGUAAUCGACCAUUCGAAUCCCGAACAGAGUCUAGACAUGGCCGCAAUGAUUGGCAUAAAGGAACCUAAUGGACCGAUCAAAGUCCCCAGACAUAUUGAACCUAUAAAAGUGGAAAAACCUGUACCGAAGCUUAACAGUGCCCGAUUAAACAAUCAGACAAAACAUCUGAUAGUUGUGGGGAACACAUCGAAAUAUAUUGGUGAUGAGAAACCGUCGGACAAUUCAUCGCACAAAUGGCUGGUGUACGUCCAGGCAAAGACUGGUAUUCCUAUUGAGAAGUUCGUUACGAAAGUUAGGUUCUUCCUGCAUCCAUCGUACAGACCUAAUGAUGUUGUGGAUGUGGAUUCGCCUCCUUUUCAACUCGCUCGACGCGGUUGGGGGGAGUUUCCUGUGCGGUUGCAGUUAUUUUUCGAUCCCCAGAUUGAACAGAAACCUGUGCAGUUGGUUCAUAACUUGAUCCUGGAUAAGACUUUAAGUGGAUUACAGACAAUGGGUGCGGAGACUCUGGUAGAAAUUUGGCUGCGAACAGAUUCUAUUACUCCUCCACUAUCACCACCAACAACAUCAUCGAGAAGCCCCUAUCGCACAGAAACCAUCACAAAAUCGAAGCACCUACUAUCGCCUUCGAAAACUGCAGAAAUCAUAAAUCCCAAAGCUGAAAUAGAUGACAAUCUCUUUGAUUUCUUGGAUAAAAUUGAAAGUCCUGCGAUAUGUGCUGAUAUAGAAAAAAUUCAACCAACUUUCAUGGAUUCUCCUCUAGCCGACACUCCAAUAUGUCGAAGACCUCUUGGUUUGCCUCCCGCUCGCAACAUAACAGAAUCAAUAAUGCAAUUAAGUGAGGAACCAGCUCCAUUACCAACACCAACCACAACAACACCUACAAUACCUUCACAGAUUUUGAAAAGUCCAAAAAUGGAACCGGAAAUCGUUCCCAAAAUACUCCCUGUCAUAGCUAAAGAAAACAACAAAAUUCAACAACCUAUAAAAACAGAACCAACAAAGGUUGUAAGUGUUCCUACGAAGAGUACAGCGACAGCUGAAAGCAAGCUAACAGCUCCAGCUACAAAUCAAACCAAUGGCAAUAAUCCGGUCAUGGUUAAUCCGAAUAUACUCCAAAAGAAACUUGUCCAGUUUAUUGACAAAGAAGGCAAUGUAAAGGUCAUGCAAAUGCUCAUUGCAUCGAAAAAUUCAAUGCCACCGUUCCAAACAACUGCGCAAAAGCCAAUGACCAAUGUCAAUGGCCAACUCAAAUUAGUCACAAAGAAUGGAGAUGCAUCGCACUCUCAACAAAUGCAAAUUGUGAGAAGACUUCCCCCAAAACAAAUAAAUGAAAUCGAAGCAAAUGGGAAUAAACAUGUGAUAUCUCAGGAAAAAGAAGCAGCCUCAACUUCUCCAGCGCAAACUUCACCCAGACAAGCUUCUUCCACAGUUACUCAUUCGGAGAAUUUCGGUCCCAAUCAGUUUGGAUGUAAACCAAUUUUCCGUCGCAAUGGCCCGGCAAAGAAUCAAGUAAUUCACAAGGAAGGCAAGGUUUACAUCAUAGAUCCCUUGCAGAACAAACUGAAGCAGGAGCAAAAGAAGCAGGUGUCGCUCCUCAAACCCCAAAUCAGUCUACUCAAACCGAUUACCCAAAAUGACAAUCUAGGAAAUUGUAUUCGCAACAAUGCCAGCAAUGUCUUCAAACACACGUCAAUCGCAACGGAUCACGACUACACCAAUCGGCUGAAUCCUAACCGCGCUCCAGCCAAUACGGUCACAAUUACCAAACCGGCACAACCACAAAUAUCACCUGCGUUCCGUCGUCCGAAUACAAUUACAGUUCGCAACAUCCCCAAUCCAGCGAACUUUAUUCCUUCGCGGGUCCCAGAAUUGAAAAAAGGAAACUUUAUUCCCGUGAAAGUGAACCAUAAACCAGUUAUAGCUCUGAUGAAAAAACAACGGAGAGAAUAUCGCAGAGAGUUGGAGCAACAGUUCAAUAAUACCGCUUUUGCAACUGUUCGCAGUGGAGUGGAGUUUCUUUUGCGACGACUGCCGAUGGUCAAUAGUCUGGCGUUGGAGAACGACUAUCGGAUGGCGUUUCCAUUUAUUAUUGCAACGUGGGCUGAUUUUCGCAAGACGAUUCCAAUUAAACUUAAAGCUUUAGAGUGGCUUCGGGCAAAGUUCAUCUCAAGAAGCAUAGCGCAACAUCCAAAGCUCAAGACUGCAGAUUUAUGGACAACAAAAGAAAUUGUAAUCUUUGCUCGUCAUCACGCCUAUACCCCUGUGAUAAACUCAAUGGAAGUUCAUAACCAGCAAGCUAAGGAUGGCCAAAUUGGGAAUAAGUUGACAAAAACAGACCAUAAAGACGCCAGCCUUACGGAAUUGGUCAAACAUGAAAUUGAAAAAGAACAGAUUCGCUACCAAACUGUGACACCUAAUCAUCGUAUAUGUGAUUGGACUGAACGAGCUUGGAAGCGUGUUAACAGUCAUUAUAAGGAACACGACACAAUAAUUGACGUUGAUAGCUUGGAUGAGAUUCACAAUGAGAUGGAAUCAAAACGACACAUUAAACAGUCUCCGUUGAAGACUCAUCAAGGUAAAUUGUGGCUUUCCAUGGAUGAAAAGCUUGAGAAAGAAGCUAACUUAGUGAGCGGAAUGUGUCAAGACAUUGGAAUUCGUCUUCAGCCCGAGGAAAUACAUCGAGAUGUAAUUCAUCCAACGGCGCACACUCUUUUGUCAAAAACUCUUCGUUUGUUUAUCCAGGACGUAGUUCGCCGUUCGAUUGGCUUCAAAAUGAAAAACAGUAAAGAAAGAACAUCAACUGAACUUAGUUUAGAACCAAAUGAUAUUCGCAGUGCUCUCAACUCCAGGCCUGAGUUUGACUUCACAACAAAUAAAUACUUUGGUACAAUUAAAUCAAAGGAUCUCCUCGAGAUGGGAUAGAGAUAAAUUUAAAAAAUGUGUUAAUUUAAAGAAAAAAGAAUUAAAGUAAGCUCCGUUGGUGUAUUUAUUUUAUACGAGUCAAGUGUAAAUAUAUUUUAAUAAUUA